AUGUCAAAGGCAUGCACGCUGGAGAACGGGGUGUUGAACCUGGCGGUGCUGCGUGAGGACUCUCGACGCGAGCUGUUCUCGAUCCUAGACUCGAUUGGCAAGGACAUUUGCUUCGUAUUGGACCCCGAGCUCAAUGGACCUCUCAAUCAUGUGUUAGUAGACGGCACAGCAGUGCUGAAGGACCACGGUGUCAAGGACUUCCACGCGUUUGGCAAGACAGUCAAAACAAGCUGCGAGUUCGUGCUGUUCCUUGUGCGGCCAUCUGUGCGCGCCAUGCGCUACAUGGCUAAAUACAUCCGCGACUUGGGUGCGGACAAGUUCUCGAGCUCAUCCAAGAAGCGCUUCCACCUCUACUAUGUGAGUCGCCGUACGCUCGUAUGCGACGAGGUACUGAAAAAGGAAGGGGUGUUCGGUAGCCUCAGUGUAGGGGAGUACAAGCUGGAUCUCAUUCCUUUCGACGACGAUGUGCUGACACUGGAACUGGACGCGUGUUUCAAGGAGUUCUACGUGGACGGCGACAAGACCAAUCUGCACACCAUUGCAGCCUCACUUAUUAAGCUGCAGACUGUAUUCGGUAUGAUCCCUCACGUCAAGUACAAAGGCACCAUGGCCAAGGUUAUCUACCAGAUGAUGGCGCACUUCCGUCGCGAGCAGGAGGUGGCUGGCAACCCCAUUGGUGUACUGGACCCGGAGAUCGACACAGUUGUGCUUAUGGAUCGCAACGUGGACCUCGUGACGCCCAUGUGCUCCCCCAUGACGUACGAAGGACUACUGGACGAGAUCCUGGGCAUCACCCACGGCUUCAUCACUGUGGACGCAGAGCUCAUCGCUGACGAUGACGGACCCAACUCGGGCAGUAGCAAUCGCCCCGCUCAAGUAUCGGUGCCACUAAAUUCUAACGACAAGCUGUACGCUGAAGUGCGCGACUACCACGUCGAGCGCCUCGGUAUGAACCUCCAGCAGCAGGCGCGCGAGAUCCGCGAGCGCUACGACGAAUUCCGAAAGAACCGCGACGCUUCUAUCAGCGAGAUUCGUGAGUUCGUCAAACGUAUCCCGGGCCUUAAACAGAACUACCAGUCUUUACAGCAACACAUUAACCUGGCCGAGAUGAUCAAGAAGAUCACGGACUCGAAGCGUUUCCGAGACCUUAAGGACGCCGAGAACCUUGUCCUUACCGGUGAGACGAUCUUUGAGCAGCUAGAGGAGGUAAUUGGAGAUCAGGAGCCACUACUUGGGGUGCUUCGUCAGUUCUGCCUUCAGUCUGUAGCUGCAGGCGGUGUCAAGACAAAGAACUACACGCACCUCAGUCGCGAGCUCGUACAGACGUACGGCUUUGAGAUGAUGCUGGCACUGAGCAACUUGGAAAAGGCUGGCUUGCUCAGUCGCCGGGAUACGCUGUGGAACGAAGCCAGUGGCUUUGGCCUUGCGCGGAAAUCAUUCCGCUUGCUCAACGAGGACGUGGACCCGCGUAAUCCUCGCGAUUGUGCCUAUGUCAGUCGAAGCCACGCCGCAGGUUAUGCGCCGCUGUCUGUGCGUAUUGUAGAAAGCGCAAUCAAACCCCGUGGCUGGAGUGCUGUGCAGGAAGGCCUUCGUCAGUUGCCUGGCCCUUCGGGAGAAGUGUCGCAGGUCACCAGUAAGACUGCAAGUGAUGACCCUGGUGCACCUGUUGGCGUUUCCAAGUUGGACAGCUUCGGUAGUGAGGAGCGCAAGGUUCUGCUUGUGUACUACCUAGGUGGUGUGACCUAUAUGGAGAUCGCUGCACUACGUCAUCUGUCCCGCCAGCCUGACUGUCCGUACGAUAUUAUCGUGGCGACGACAAAGAUCGUUAACGGCGACACGCUGCUCAAGUCGUGCUUCGACAAGGAAGUGCUGCGCUUGUUGAAGCUGUAAGAUAAGCCUUUGGUAAAGCACAGUAGCUAUCUCUUUCUUUCCUACUGCUUAUUUGGCUUGGUCAUGCUGGAGUUGCCAGGCUCGUGCUUGUCGAUUGAGCGGCGCUCAAGCUUGCAUAUGUAAAUGGCUUCGUCGAAGUAUUCAAUGACAUCACAGGUUUUGGUCGUGCG